GAUGCAGUUUCAAGGUUAAUAUCAGCGUGUAGGUUCAUAUAAACAUGUUCAUUUAAAUCGUCAUGUUAAAUGUUAUGAAACAUAUGGAUUAAUUGAAAAAGUAAUAAUUAUAAGUGCUUGACUACAGCUCAUCUCGAAAAUCAAAGCUUAUUUUUUUUAUAAAAAAUCAGAUAAAUAUGACCUGUAGAAUAGACUUGACUAAUCCAAUGGAUUAUGGUCCAGGUAAAACUUUACGUGGACAAGCUUUUUGUCAAUUUUAUGCAACUGAAACUUUUAAAGUUAUAAAGUGCAUUUUCAAAGGCAUAGAGAAAACAGCUUGGACCGAACGGAAGAGUGAGGGGAACAAAACAGUUACUUGUUACCACGCGGGAGAGAACACUUUUUUAUACGCAGAAGCUCUUUUCGCAGAAAAUGGUCCACUUCCGCCAGGACCGUAUGUAUACCCGUUUGCUUUCAACCUACCAGGUAACAUGGCGAGUACCUACGAAGGUGUUCAUGGAAGUAUCAAAUACUACUUAACUUUGAUAGUAGAUAAAGGUAUUAUCAGUAACUACAAAUAUGAAACAGAAAUUCAAAUUAGAUCACCUGUUAAUUUCAAUUUGAUAAAGGAUAAAUUACAAUUGGAACCAACCAUUUAUAAAGAUGAAAAAGUUUUGUGUUGCUGUUGUUGUAAAAGUAGUCCUGUCACUAUGGACUUACUGUUUGAUAAAGAAGCUUUCCUUAUUGGAGAAGUAGCCAAAAUUCGAAUGAAAAUAGUUAACAUGUCUAAUACAACAAUACCACAAGUGGUUAUGUUUUUACAACAGAAAAUUAUAUAUAAAUCUGAUAUGGGAUAUUCGACAUACGAUAUAAAUGAAUUAGCCACAGCAUCUAUAAGCGGAGUCGGUGCACAUGGAGACAGGAAUUACCUCUUCAAUUUUGAAAUACCUUCUUCAGCUAAUGUGCCGAACUUUACUGGAUGUCGUUUAUUUGAUACAAAAGUAUUCUUUACAGCUGAAGCUGUUAUCCCUGGUUUUCAUACAAAUUUACGAAUAGAUACUGAAACAAUAAUACUAGGUCAUAUUCCUCUUGAUAGUACUUCUUCACAACUAUCUCACGAUCAAGAAACAGACCCACCGCCUUACAAUCCGAAUGAGUACAACAAAAGUGACGGAACUAAUUCUGAGAUGAUUCCUCUUGUAAAUCAUGAAAAAUCGACUAAUUUACCAGCCAGUGCUCCUACUGAAGAUAAUAAUUCAUCAGCACCACAAAAACUUGAUGAAUCCAUGUGACAGUCAUGACAAAACAAGAUAAUUGAUACAAGAUAGUUCAGCACUACCUAAUCCACCACUGAUAGUUUUUCUUCAUGGUUGGUAAGUAUAUCUAUGGAGUCAUUCCACCAUUCACAUUCUUACAACCUGUUGAUUCGGGUGUGGUACAUGCGGCUGUAUUUUGAUAUUUUUAUAGAUAAUAUUAAUGGGCAUUAAUGUGAUUGUUUAUCCAAGCUUUUAUUUUGCUUUUAUAUGAGUAUACCAAUUUUUGUAUUUCCAUUAAGAAUUUCUAAUAAAUAGUACAGAAGAAAA